UUUGCUGUUACAUUCACAGGCUGAGAAGAUGAAGCACACACUGGUGGCUGUGCUUUUCCUCAUGCAUGGCAUGAGUGCUGUGGGUGUGACAACAGCAGCAGCAGGAGCGACUGCACAUCUCAGUACGAUGCUUCCAUAUCUGACUCAGCCUAGGACCAUGAAUGGUGAAUUGAGCUCUUCCCCAAAGCUCUUUGCCAAUGUGUCCGGCUCUGUGAAUGAUGAGGGAACUUGUCAGUGCUCCGUGUACUUGCCAGAUACCACCUUUCCAGUGCAGAAGGUUGAGCAAUUGGAAAUUAUAACCACAACGCUCUCACAGAAGUUUGAGGCAGAGCUUUCUAAAGUUAGGGAGUACUCAGAAAAAAUUGAACUGUAUCAGCAGCAAAUCCUCAAUCUAACCAUCAGAGUGCAGCAAGUGGAGACGGGUGGCAUAUCUUACACAGAGCUGGACUUCCAGUUACUGAAAGUGGAAAUCAGUGACCUAGAGAGACUGGUCACUCAGCUGAAACCCAGCCUUGUUGGAAGCAGUGCCAUCGUUGAGCAAAUAUAUUUGGAGAUCACUAAUCUGACUAUACUAGUAAGUGAACUAGAGUCACUGGACAAAAACAACGUCCUUGCAAUUCGUCGACAAAUUGUGUCUCUGCAGAAUCGAUUGAAAGAGUGUGAAGAGAAUGCAACCAAAAUUCCAUCACCCCCUUAUUUCCCACCAGGUACCUGCAUUCACCGUGGACUGAUGAAUGUUAGCCAGCCUUAUGUUGCCAAGCUGAACUGGAGAGGAUUUUCCUACAAAUAUGGAUCCUGGGGUAGAGAUUACUAUCCCUCUGACCCAGAGAAGGAAGUCUAUUGGGUUGCACCAUUGAACACCGAGGGGAGAUACUUAGAAUACUUCAGAAUUUAUAGAUCCUUUGAUGAUCUGCUGCUGUUUAAAUCCAUGUAUGAAAGGAGAAUAACAUACGGGGAAGGAAGUGGUGCUGCCCUUUAUAAAAAUCAUUUGUACUAUCAUGCUUAUGGUUCGAGUUCUAUGGUGAAGCACGAUAUAAAAACAAACACGCAGGUUUUGAAGAAGGGUCUUCCAGGUGCUGCUGUUGGUAACCGCUUCUCUUAUGCAGGAGUAGCAUGGCAGGACAUAGAUUUUGCUGUGGAUGAAAGUGGGUUAUGGGUAAUAUAUUCAACUGAAAAUAACGUGGGCAACAUUGUGAUUAGCAAGCUCAAUGAGACCACACUUGAUGUGCUAAAUACUUGGCAGACAAGACAGUACAAGCCAUCUGUUUCCAAUGCUUUCAUGAUAUGUGGUGUUCUUUAUGCCACAAGGCCAUUGAACACUAAGAAGGAGGAGAUCUUCUACAUGUAUGACACAAGUACUGGUCAAGAAGGUAGAAUUAGUAUCAUUAUGGAUAAAAAGUUAGAUACAAUCCAGAGUAUUGAUUAUAGCCCCACAGAUCAGAAGCUGUAUGUUUACAGUGAUGGUUACCUUGUAAGAUAUGAUGUGAUUUUUCAGGCUUAGCACCUCAGGGACAUAUGAUAAAACUGGCAGCAGUCAAUAUGAGAAAUCCAAUCGAUCUUUAGACAAUUCUACUGCCAGUUCAGAGUUCAUCUGGUCUGAUGUACUGCAUGUGAGGGCAUCAUACAGGUACUUACCUGGAUUGCCCACUCUGACCACUAAUAUUGCUGGCAGCAGUUGGCACUACAGGGUUUUUUAGGUUUUGCUUGGUGUUUAUUGGUGCUUAGUGCUUUACAAUUGUCCUGUCUCUGGGGGUAGAUUUAGUGCAUCGAUUUAGUGCUUUUUCUUUGUAGAAAUAGCUGGGCACAGACUAUCUGGUGACUGAGUAGCUAAUUACCCACUGAUUUGCAUUUGUCAGAGCAACACAGGCAAGGCACUCAGAAACAGAAUGUAUUUCCACUGAUCUUCAUCAGAGUGAAAUGAGGCCUCAGAGAAAUUAGUUCAAGGAUUAAAACAGAUUAGGAAGAAGACUUAGUCAGAAGACAGCAAUCCAUUUGUUAGUUGGAAGCAGUAGUAUCUGGCUCAAGGCUUCAGGAAGGAGGGUAAAAAUGCACUUUGCUGUGUGAGUCCUACCACAGGAAGGGAAGACAAGCCAUUGAGGAAGGGACAGGGCUCACUGUCCUCGACAGCAGUGAUGCAGUGGGACAGUGGCCCCUGGCCCCACCUAUAGCUGCUUCCAAGCAGUUCAACACUCUCCCUAGCUGCCACGCUACCAGGCUGCUUUACCGGAGUGCUUGUGGAAGCAAAACUGGCAGUAUGGUUUUCAUCAGUUUUCCCUUCUGUCCUGUGCUGCUUCCCUUGCUAAUUCUGUGUAUCUAAACAGGCCCUAGGAAUGGUCUUGCUACAAUCUAGCUAUAGACUCCAUUUUCCAGCCUGUGCAGAGGAAAGAACACUGUUUUCCUUUACUUUAUGCAUUUCUUAGUUUAUGCAAACUCUCCCAUUGACUUUAUUUGCCAUGAGUGGCUCUUGGUGUAUAUAAUACAUUGCCAUAGAAUAACAGAUGUGUUAUUUGAUGUGCCUUUUUUCAAAAUAUUUGUCAUUCUGUAAUUAGAUUCUUGAGAGCCUUUUUAAUCUAGGCUCCUAUUUGUUCCCUGGGUAAUUCUGUCUUACAGCAAAGUAAGAGGUCUUGCGGAAAGCAUGAGUAGUCUGGUCAAACUAGUUGAAUAUAUGAUGUGGUUUUCAUUUUUUUAAUGGGUAUUAUGUGGUAGUUUCUGAAUAUGUGUACUGUAACAAUGUCUUAUUUCAUCAUGUCAGAAAGCAAGUUAAUACACUGAAAUUCAGAGCUUGGAAUUGACAGAGAAAGCAGUUCAUUUGGUUCAUUUUAUUCUGUUACAUAUGCAACCAUGUCUGUGUCUUCUGAUAAUCAAAAUCAACAUGUAUGCAAAUGAUUAUUUUUGUAUUAAUAAAAAACUGUUUUCAAAGAA